UUGGCUGUAGCAUCUGCUCAGAGUGUCAGAGUAUAAAUUUAGAAACUUAAAUAGAGAGCCAGCAGGUCAUCAUUUCACGAACUGAUUUGUUAAAAUUUCUCUAGUAAAACCACAUUGCUUGGAAGACCUCUUGACAUAAAAAAUACAAAGGAUGUCAGACUUGGGACAAUUUGACUCUGAUUUUUACCAAUCUAAUUAUACUAUUGAUAAUCAGGACCAGAGUUCUGAAGAUUCUAAUGUCUAUGGAAAUAUUUAUGCAUCUAGAGAACAGCAAACCAGUGCGCAGCGCCUGCCUGCCUUUGUCCCACAAGAGAUGCUCAUGUCAUCGGGUUAUGAGGGACAAUUUUUUCAGCCAGCGUCCAACCCGGAUUAUUAUUCACAAUCUUCUUACAUGGAUAGUUUUGAUGAAGAGCCUCCUUUGCUAGAAGAACUUGGAAUUAAUUUUAACCACAUAUGGCAAAAAACCUUGACCGUGUUAAACCCGCUACAGCCAGCAGAUGGCAGCAUUAUGAAUGAAACGGACCUCACGGGGCCCAUCCUGUUUUGUGUCACUCUGGGAGCCACCUUACUUCUGGCAGGAAAAGUUCAGUUUGGUUACGUGUAUGGCGUGAGUGCCAUAGGCUGCCUAGUGAUUCACACCCUCCUGAACUUGAUGAGCUCCUCGGGGGUGUCUUGCGGAUGCGUGGCAAGCGUGCUGGGCUACUGCCUGCUCCCCAUGGUCUUCCUGUCCAGCUGCGCCAUCUUCUUUUCGCUGCAGGGCACCUUUGGAACUGUGUUGGCACUGGUCGUCAUUGGCUGGUGUAGUCUCUCAGCUUCCAAAAUCUUCAUUUCAGCCUUGAACAUGGAAGGACAACAGCUUCUUAUUGCCUACCCUUGUGCUUUACUGUAUGGACUUUUUGCUCUCCUCACAGUUUUCUGAAGAGUAUUUGAGAUGGUGAGAUGUUCACAUUAUCCUGGAAAUAUGUUAGCUUUCAAAUUUGGUGAUGUGAUUGCCGCUUUAUUGCUAUUGAGAGAAUAAUAAGCAAAGAGACAAAACAGCACUUAAGGAUGGCGCUCUCAUAAUUUGUUUGGUGUGAAUGAUGUUUUUGCUUUUCAUUUUGAUACAUUAAAGCCUUUUAAAAUACUUUAAAAUAAAAGAGAAUAUAGUUGUUGUUA